GACAAGACAUGUGUUGACUGCUCUCGGGUGCUGCACAUCGAGGGUAUAGUUUGCCUGCAUCUGGUUGCCGAAGGGCCACAACCGCCAGCUCCCAUCACUACUUUUGCACUUUCUCCUGAAUGGGACAACGUCAGCGCGCCGGGUCCAGUCGGAGCGCACAGUCUCCGGGAUUUGGUCAGACGCGGCGGAGGCGGCACGAGGACGCAGCGAGAGGUUGAUUUUGACUGGUGUCAGUGUGUUAUCUAUUGUCAGCGAUGUGGAACCCAUCGAGGACAUACUGGGGCUGUUCUCUAGUUUGUUUUGUCGGACAUGGGGAUUGGGUACCGCUUGGAUUGACUUUACGCUGCGAAGUUCUUAUCGAAGCGAUGGGACGUUUAUUAUGAAGUCCAGCGACAGUGUGAAGAGGACCGCAGAUGACGUCAUUAGGCAGACAUAGGAUGCCUAACAUUACAGCAUUUGGGAACAAACUGGGCAGACAGAAGAACUCAGGUCAUUACACUGAGGAAUGGAGUUACCACUUCCUCUGCAGCUCAAACCAUGUCUAAUCUAAUUCAAAAAGUCCGGGGAGGGGGGGGAGGGGGGGGAAGAGAUGUCCUGCCCAGAGAGGGUUUCCCUCAAACACCUCGCACCUCAAGUAUUCCUCAGAAGACAUAAUCAUGGAGAUAGUUUCCGAGGCUGAAGCACAACGAGCCCCACAGAUUCUGCCCAUGUGGAUAUAAUGUCUUCAGCAUGACUUAAAUCAACUCUGCCCUACCCGCACAUGUCCAGGGAUGGAUAUCAUAAACCUUACAACUGUCACCGACACGGGGUUUUUGGACGAGGCCCCGUCGAGCCGCGUCCUGACUGGCUGUUUCCUCUCGCUGCUCAUCCUCACCACCCUGCUGGGAAACACGCUGGUUUGUGCCGCCGUCACCAAGUUUCGGCACCUGCGCUCCAAAGUGACUAACUUUUUUGUGAUCUCACUGGCCGUGUCAGACCUCCUGGUUGCCAUCUUGGUGAUGCCGUGGAAGGCGGCGACAGAAAUCGCCGGGUUCUGGCCGUUCGGCUCCUUCUGUGACACCUGGGUGGCUUUUGACAUUAUGUGCUCCACGGCGUCCAUUUUGAACCUCUGUGUGAUAAGCUUGGACCGCUACUGGGCCAUCUCCAGCCCCUUUCGCUAUGAGAGGAAGAUGACACCUAAAGUGGCCUAUGUGAUGAUCAGUGUGGCGUGGACGCUGUCCGUGCUAAUUUCCUUCAUCCCGGUGCAGCUCAACUGGCACAAGGCCCAGGCAAACACUUCCCCGUCUCCCACCGGGUCCUCGGGCUCUUCGGCUGUCAACGCCACAUCUUACCGCAGCCCAGAGAACUGUGACUCCAGCCUGAACAGGACGUACGCAAUCUCCACCUCUCUCAUAAGCUUUUACAUCCCCGUGGCCAUCAUGGUGGCCACCUACACCCAGAUAUACCGCAUCGCCCACCGACAAAUCCGACGGAUCUCGGCCCUGGAGCGGGCGGCCGAAAGCGCCAAGAACCGCCACGACAGCAUGGGCGGCGGCUCCAGCAUCGCAGAGUCCGAGAGCUCUUUCAAAGUGACGUUCAAGAGGGAGACCAAGGUGCUGAAGACGCUGUCGGUGAUCAUGGGGGUGUUUGUGUGCUGCUGGCUCCCUUUCUUCAUCCUGAACUGCAUGGUGCCCUUCUGCGAGCAGUCAAGCGGAGGGGAGGCCUUCCCCUGCGUCAGCGCCACCACGUUUGACGUGUUCGUGUGGUUCGGCUGGGCCAACUCCUCCCUCAACCCCAUCAUCUACGCCUUCAAUGCAGAUUUCCGCAAGGCCUUCUCCGUCCUGCUGGGCUGCCACAGACUGUAUCCGGGAGGCCACAACAUGGAGACAGUGAGUCUAAACAAGAAGUGACUAAUGACUCUCUCGCAGCACUGACUCAUCCUUCGACGCCGAGUCCCAGCGCUCCGGUUGGAGGCCGGUCCGACCGACUCCGCGCGAGGACGCCGUCCCUCCGUGCGGACUGACGGAUACGGUGACCCAAC